CCGCGUUGAACUUCCAACUUAGUAUGACUCUUCAGUCUUGCUUCAGUCUCUCCUCUAUCGACUACUACCACUCAGUCGACGAUGCCUGCAUUGCGAAGCUCGAAACUUUUCGUUACCAAGAUAACGAUAGAUUCAUUGCAACCUGAGGUCAUCCUCCAUGGCCAAACUGUCAAACGUCCUGCUUCACCUCUGAACUCCUUGAGCUCAGUCGACAAAGCUGUUCACAAGGAUGUACCUCCAGAUAAUACAGAAAUGUAUUAUCCUAAGACCGGGAUUGAGCGGAAAGCAUUCCAAACGAAGGACGGCAAAGCCGUUCCACCCCACCAUUGGGAUGUAUACGACUUCACAAGAACCAUCCCUUAUGGUAAAGUUACUACUUACAAGGAAGUUUCCCGAGCAGUUGGCGGUUCUCCGCGCUCAGUCGGAAACGCAUUAAGAAGUAACCCGUUUGCUCCCUACAUCCCAUGCCAUCGUGUUAUUGCGUCCAACUUGUUCGCUAGUGGAUACUGUGGCGAAUGGGGAGCGAACAGCAAAACUGGCACGCAAUACUUUCGGAAGUUGGAUUUCUUACAAAAGGAGGGUCUUUCCUUUAGUGACAAGGGCAUUUUGCAAGAUCCUGACAAGGCUCUGUGGUAACCAAGCUUCAGCGAUGUCGAGCAUUCUUCAAUAUCUCACUCCUCUUAGCUCAAAAACACGUCUUCAUUGUAACACAGCCCUACUAAAUCGAUAUCCCAGUAUA